UGGUGAAAACUUGCAGCUGAUCACUGACCGGGUGCGGGACCUGCGGGAGUUGCGGGGGACAGAGAGAGCAGCGCGCCAGGGCAGGGUGCUACGCGUCGGCGGAGCGCAGAGACCAGUAGACCAGCCUGCUCAGGCAGCUCGGUGCAUUUCAUAGGGCGGCUCGCUGAGAAGUCAACCCACGAUGGGGCAACAGGCAUCCGCACAGUGCUGCUGAAGUGACCACACCGAGGGCGCGCAGAGUCCGGCAUGUCCGAGGGGAAGAGAGCUGAACACCGCAGCUCUGAGGCUUCAUCACUCACAGCUGCAGAUGGUGCCGCGAAAAUGACUGGGACUCUCUCCAUCAUCGCUUACUUUUUCUCCUUGAUUCACUGCAGCGCCAGUGCUGACUCAGAGGAGCGUCUCAUGAACUGGCUGCUGGGGAAGGAUCGCUACAAUCCGCUUAUUCGCCCGGCUGUCAACAGGACCGAGAGAGUCACAGUGAAGCUGCAAGUGUCUCUGGCGCAGCUCAUCAGUGUGAAUGAAAGAGAACAGAUCAUGACCACAAAUGUCUGGCUCACUCAGCACUGGGUGGACUACAGGUUAUCAUGGGACCCCGCGCAGUACGAAGGUAUCGACAAGCUGCGCAUUCCCUCCAGACACAUUUGGCUCCCAGACAUUGUCCUGUACAACAAUGCUGAUGGAACCUAUCAGGUAACAGUCUUCACCAAUGUCAUUGUCCUUUUCAAUGGCAGCAUCAACUGGCUUCCCCCAGCCAUUUACAAAAGCGCUUGCAAGAUCGAGGUCAAGCAUUUUCCUUUUGACCAGCAGAACUGCACCCUCAAGUUCCGCUCCUGGACGUAUGACCACACAGAGAUUGACCUGAUCUUGAAGGCUGAGGUGGCUAGUAUGGACGAUUUUACUCCUAGUGGGGAGUGGGAUAUCUUGGCGCUGCCGGGGAGACGGACAGUCAACCCCCUGGAUCCCACCUACGUGGACCUCACGUAUGACUUCAUCAUCAAGAGGAAGCCCCUUUUCUACACCAUUAAUCUCAUUAUUCCAUGUGUUCUGAUCACCUCUCUGGCCAUUUUGGUCUUCUACUUGCCUUCAGACUGUGGAGAGAAGAUGACCCUCUGCAUUUCUGUCCUGCUGGCUCUCACUGUGUUCCUGCUUUUAAUCUCAAAGAUCGUACCUCCCACCUCGCUGGAUGUGCCCCUGAUCGGCAAGUACCUGAUGUUCACCAUGGUGCUGGUAACGUUCUCCAUCAUCACCAGUGUAUGCGUGCUCAACGUUCACCACCGCUCCCCCAGCACACAUACCAUGCCUUCGUGGGUGAAGCUGGUAUUCCUCGUGAAACUGCCUGCCUUACUCUUCAUGAGACGCCCCCACAACAACUCUGCUCGCCAGAGACUGCGUCAACACCGGUGCCUGCGGGCAAGGAGAGCCAUUUUGGGUUUGAAUAACCCAGUUGCGUCCAAAACGGGCAUCACCAUGUCGUCCUCCGCCCUGCUGUCCGAUUCUGCCUUCUCCACACCAGGACACAAAAAUGUAGCUGCUGCUAUGGGCUUCAGUCACCCCAACAGGAAAGGGGACUUGCGCUCCGCUGAUUACCUGCCCAGUGGUUUGAGUUCCACCCAGGACCUGCAGCAGAGAACAGCCUCGGAUUGGGCUGCCGAUGUCCAGGAAGCGGUGAACGGGGUGUGCUUUGUGGCGGAGCACAUGAUGGGAGAUGAUGAUGAUCAGAGUGUGAUAGAGGACUGGAAAUAUGUGGCCAUGGUGGUGGAUCGUAUGUUCCUGUGGAUCUUUGUGAUAGUGUGUUUGGUGGGCACCCUGGGCCUGUUUCUUCAGCCUGUCUUCCAGAGUCAGAUCAUUCCCAACCAGCAGCCCAGCUCAGAAACCCCUCGCAUCUGAUGAACAACGAGCGACGCUGAGCGACUUCAGGGUUUUCUUAAGAUUCUGAGCUAUUAUUGAAAGAUACAGUGACAUUUGGAUGCAGGCCAGUAAAUAUAUUCACAGUGUUUACUUGUAGCUCUUUACUGAGAGGGACUUAAAGCACUGACAUGAUGUUCUCCAUGCCAAAUUUUCCCAACAUGGCACCAGAGAGUGUUCACUUAGAUGAAAAUGUCCUUGUAAACACUACAUGUGUACAUCAGUGUAACAGACAGGGUGUUUUUUUGUGUGUGUGUGAUAUAAAAUGGAUUGGAUGUCUCUGAACAUUCAAAACCUCGUGGCCUACGACAAUAAAGCCCCCCGAGAAGUACAUCUUCAAAGGACCUGAUGCAGCAUCAUCGCACUGGGGUCACGCAUUAACGGAUUACAUGCAGAAAUAUAUGCACUGUGACAAACAUUUGUCUCCUGCCUGAAGUUGUUUAACUCCUUAUUUGUGUUACUGUGUCAGUGAAUUAUAAUAAAGAGAAAUCUGCGUCCUCUUUUAGCGGGAUUAAAUGUGAUGAAAUAAAGUCUUAAAAUUGUCA